AUGUCGCGGCGUGCUUUAAAACAGAACGAUGUCCUAGGCAUAUCAAAGCUGUAUGAAGCUGAGUUUAAUAGACCGGACUUGCAUGACAGAGUUUUAGUGUUUGAUGUUGUUGGAAAAGCUUCGUGGCAGCAGAUACUAAGUGUCGAAAACGAGAGAAGUGAAAGCGAAGCGAACACUCAAAGCGAAGUUGAAAGCGAAGAUGAAUCUUCUGUUCAAACUGAGAAGGAAGCAAUGAAUGCGGCGUCAGAGCACGCAGACGAGUGCGACUUGUUUUGCGGUAUGCAAUGGCAAUGCGAUUUUAUUUAUGCGUUCUGGAUUAAAGUAAAGAAAGUCGAACCUGUUUCUAUACUUUUCGCAACGAAGUGCGAGAUGUUUUAG